AUGGAGACAAAGGCUUGGACUGACAACCUGGAAUUUUCGGAUGGGGAACCAUUGGGCCUGCAGAAUCAUCAUAGUGAUGACAGCAAGACCUGCUUCCAGUUUGAAUGGUGGCUAGAAUCCUUUGGGCCACAGCUGCAGUGUCUUCUGCACUCAGGAGCCCUGUGUCUACGGGGCAUCCUGGAGGUUGCCAUUAGCAAAACAGAUAUCGAAGACUUGGACCUGUAUGCUACAUCAAGGGAGAGAAGAUUUCGUUUAUUUGCUUCUAUAGAGUGUGAAGGGCAGUUAUUCAUGACUCCGUAUGAUUUUAUUUUGGCUGUUACCACAGAUGAGCCCAAAUGUGUGAUUUCUUACACAGAAUAUCUUUUUCUUUUAUGUAUUUUAACAAAGCCACAUGCAGGUUUUAGGAUAGCUUUCAACAUGUUUGACACUGAUGGCAAUGAGAUGGUGGACAAGAAGGAGUUUUUAGUGCUUCAAGAGAUAUUCAGGAAAAAAAAUGAAAAGAGAGAAACUAAAGGAGAUGAAGAAAAACGUGCUAUGCUGCGUCUUCAACUUUAUGGAUACCAUUCUCCUACUAAUAGUGUACUUAAAACAGAUGCUGAGGAACUUGUCUCCAGAAGCUAUUGGGACACACUGAGACGUAACACAAGCCAAGCACUCUUUUCAGACCUCGCAGAGCGUGCUGAUGACAUCACAAGUUUAGUUGCAGAUACUACACUUCUUGUACAUUUUUUUGGAAAGAAAGGAAAAGCUGAGCUCAACUUUGAAGAUUUUUAUAGGUUCAUGGAUAAUCUCCAAACAGAAGUUCUAGAAAUAGAAUUUCUUUCCUAUUCUAAUGGGAUGAAUACUAUCAGUGAAGAAGAUUUUGCUCAUAUUCUUUUACGUUAUACAAAUGUGGAAAAUACAUCAGUGUUUUUGGAAAAUGUGCGUUAUAGUAUACCUGAAGAAAAGGGCAUCACAUUUGAUGAAUUCAGGUCAUUUUUCCAGUUUUUAAAUAACUUAGAAGACUUUGCGAUAGCCCUCAACAUGUAUAACUUUGCAAGUCGCUCUAUAGGACAAGAUGAAUUUAAACGUGCCGUCUAUGUAGCUACUGGACUCAAACUUUCACCACAUUUAGUGAAUACUGUCUUCAAGAUUUUUGAUGUUGACAAAGAUGAUCAAUUAAGUUAUAAAGAAUUUAUUGGAAUUAUGAAAGACAGACUCCAUAGAGGAUUCCGGGGUUAUAAAACAGUCCAAAAGUAUACUACUUUCAAAUCAUGCCUGAAAAAAGAACUUCACAGCAGAUAAACACUCCUAAAACAAAGUUUAAAGGAUUUCUAUCGUUAUGAAAACUGCAAGAAGCAAAAAUUUCUGAGAGUGGAAGCAGGUCUGAAGCCAGAAUAUGUAGAAAAUGAAGGAAAGAGUGAAAAGUUUUGAAAUUUAUAUAUAUUUUUUGAACUGGAUUCUUAACAAAGAUAAAAUGCAUCUUCUCACCGCAAUGUUAAAUACGAUCAAGUUGAGCCUUUACCCUGUUUCCUGAACUUUCUGCACUUUUUCAUUCCCUCAAGUAUACAGGUACUUCCAAUGACUCAUAUGAGAAUGUAUUUUAAUUUUUUUAUUUAUUUAUUAGAGAUUUAUUUUAUUUCAAGUAUAAAGUAUGACCCAUAGACCACCUAACAUGAGCAACACGUUUUCUUUUGCUUUGGACAAUAAGCUUAUUUUCAGAAAAUAAAUACUGUUUUCAGAUUUGUCUUUGGACCCUUGAAAUUUUUAAUAAUUGCCUGUCAUUUAUUAGUUGAAAUGAUUUUGAAAACAAAUAGAAUUAAGCUAUUAAAUAAUAUGAUGGUUUACAUUGUACUUUUAACUUUUAAGAGUACUGAAGUAACAUUGUUUGACUGGUGUA